GGUCGAUCGUACAUCCGCGCCGAGUGGUGGUCAUGCGAGAUCGAGAAGGCAAGAACUUGACGGCUAACGCGCCUAUAUUAAGAUGACAUUCGAAUCGGAUAUCGUGGCGGCUUGAUCUACGCCAUUCUUUGGGGUUCAUGAAGGGGAUAACUGAUGUUAUUACAUGUGUGAUUUAUAUCCCGUCCCAAUAACCUACUUAUAAGGAACCGUCCCUUUUGGCCAGGACAUGCCACCGCACCGGAACGUCUAUAGCUAUUCUUGCCCGGACAGGUCUCCCCAUCUUUCCGGAUGGCGUCACUUUUCCUCCUCGCCGCUCACUUCGCCCCCUUAAAGAUCCCCUGGUUUUACGUUGUGGGGGUUUCGGAACGUCUUGCUCCAUUUUCGAGACCGUCCCCCAGGCCCAUCCUAGCUCUCUCCCACCUCUGUCCCCGGAAUCUCUGUCUAUCUGGCCAUCCAAUUAUUCCUUGCGGAUGUGAUAGUUUGGGCGCUUGACAACGCUCGGACCUACAGCUGUAUAUAAAGAUCGACGGCAUCGCCCCUACCGGGGAGAUUGCUCGAUUGGACUAAGCCUCUACCUAGUUUUAUCAGAGAUAUUUUGCUAUCGCCUAGAAAUGGUCUCCUCUCCCUCGAAGGCAGUGAAAAUGGCACUAUCCUCGGCGCUGCUCGCGGGGCUCCUCCUCGCCUCCACCGCUUCCGCGCGCCCGGCGAAGCGCGGGACGGGCUCGAUCAAAUGCCCGGUGGUCCUCGACGGGCUCGUGCCGGCGGACGCGACGCCGGCGGACUUCGACUCGAACGCGACGAGCCCGUUCGACCCGGACAACGUCCGCGGCAGCGAGAAGUUCUCCGCGAUCCUGCUGCUCCCGGACGUCGAGCGCUCGCGCUUCGACGACGCCAGCUCCCGCGCCGUCGAGGUCACCAUCAACGACAACUCCGUCUUCCAGAACCAGCAGGGCUUCCGCCGCGCCGGCCUGCAGAUCCAGGGCGACGUGAACGAGAACGGCCCCGGCACCCAGGGCGUCAGGACCCUGCAUUUCAGCGUCAAGCAGGACCCCCAGCGCACCCUGAACCUCACGCACGAGUAUCUGAAUGUCUGGCACGAGACCAGCGACUUCAGCGCGAACCAGUUCAACUUCCAGACGGGCACCAUCAUCGGCAAGUCGGGCAGCGACAAGGACACGUUCAAGGUGCUCGACCGGCAGAACAGCCAAGUGUGGUCGACGCCGAUCGACGCACAGGCCUGGCAGAACUUUGCGAUCACGCUCGACUUUGCGAAGAACACCCUGCAGGUGUACUACUCGAAGGGCGACGAGCCGCUCGAGGCCGUGACCGCGCCGCUGAGGAACGACAACAGCGGCGGCGGCCAGUACCAGAUCGGCAUCCUCAAGAAGCCGACCGGCACCUCGGACGUCGCCAACUCGGGCUUCCAGGAGAAGGGCAUCAGCGAGGGCCAGAUCUACGGCGGCCUCUUCCUCGAGGACAGCGCGGACGGUUGCGUUUCCCUGUGAGCUGGGCUGGGCUAUCGCGCGUACUGAAUUCCGG